AACACGCAGCAGUAGGUUUGCAGCCUGCAGCAGUAACCACAGAAGCUCCUCCCUUUCAGCCCAUCUGGAACAGUGGAAAAGUGGAGAGGCACAAAAGAACAACUCUGUCUGAGUCUCUUUGUAUUUUUUAGGGAUAAAGACAUCAAAUCUACGCUACUUUUAAAGGUGCAACUCCUCCACCUUUCUCUGGAUCGCCUGUUUCCUGAACACACCCCAGUGCUGCCUUUCUCUGUUCAAGGAAUCAAACAUCAACUUGUCCAUCAUCACUGACUGACAGCACCUACAACUGCAGGAUGCCAUUAGGAGGAGGAAACAAGUGUGGCCGCUGCCAGAAGACAGUGUACUUUGCAGAAGAGGUACUCUGUGACGGACGGAGCUUCCACAGGUCCUGCUUCCUCUGCAUGGUGUGUGGGAAGAACUUGGACAGCACGACUGUAGCUGUUCAUAUGGAUGAAGUCUACUGCAAAGGGUGCUACGGCAAGAAGUAUGGACCAAAAGGCUACGGUUAUGGCCAGGGAGCAGGGACCCUCAGUAUGGACAAGGGAGAGUCUCUAGGCAUUACACAUGAGGAACCUGCUCCCCAUCGUCCAACCAGCAACCCAAACCCGUCUAAACUGGCUCAGAAGUUCGGGGGGUCGGACAAAUGUUCUCGCUGCGGCAAGGCCGUCUACGCUGCGGAGAAAGUGAUUGGAGCUGGGAAUUCAUGGCAUAAGGCCGGAUGUUUCACCUGCGCCACGUGCAAUAAGAGCCUGGAGUCAACCACACAAGCUGAUAAGGACGGGGAAAUCUACUGCAAAGCCUGUUAUGGCAAACAUUUUGGCCCCAAAGGAUUUGGCUAUGGACAGGGAGCCGGGGCCCUGUCGCACACUCAGUAGAGAGCCCAGGAUCUUCAGGUUCCCAGAGAGCUGCAGUACUGCCGGCUUCCUGCAGAGAACAGACUUCUGCCACCCAACCUGAAAGACAAACGCUUGAUGAAAAGCUGCAUCAUAAGAUUGUACAGUGGGAAACAUAACCCCAUCUCUGCCUCAUAAAGAACAAAUACAGUCAAUUGUGCUGCAACAGUCAAUCUUUAUAAAUAACCAAAGUUGAAUACUAAAACAUUUAUUUUCUGUUAAACACUGCUUUCAUGAUUUGCACUACCUGCUAUAACUGUUUUUACGUCUGCUAUCUAGAUCUCUUUUUCAUAUUCUAUAUCAUAGAGUAAAAACUGCUUUUCUGUAUUUUAUGCUUUCCAAACAACAUCACAAUAAAUGAGGUUGAAAGAUUUUAA